GUUGCCGGGGUCCCGAUCGCCGCACUCGCUGAGGGCGACACGUAUCGUCACCUGGGUGUUCCGACAGGUUACCGGAAUGCCCAGUCGCCCGAGCAAGAAGUGGAAGCCAUGGGGGCAGAUCUCGACAAGAUCCACGCCAGUCUCCUCGCCCCCUGGCAGAAGAUCAACGCAGUCUCGACAUUCCUCCAGUCGAGGCUGCAAUUCAUCUUGAGGGGAGGCCGCGUCAGGAAAGCUGUGGUGACGCGGUUCGACAAGAAGAUGAAGAAGUACUGCAAGGAGUGGAUGCACCUCCCCUUGCGUGCCACUCCGCUCAUCGUCCACGCCCCAACGCAUGAGGGGGGAGCUGGUCUCCUCCCACUCGCAGACAUGUGUGACUUGGCCACGGUCACGCAUGGCUACAGGCUCCUGACGUGCAAGGACCCUGACGUAAAAGACUUGGCGUGGGCCAGCUUGUUCCAGACAACAAAGCAGAAGCUGGGCAAGCAGGAAAUUUCGAAAGAUGACAUGGUGGGGUUCCUCAACGGGGAGACCGAGGGCGAGUUCAACCGUGAUGGUGGCGCCCUGGGGAACCACUGGACCUUCACACGAAGUGCAGGAAGGCGCCUCAAGAAGAGCACAGGAACGAAAUGGCGCUGGAGUGAGGAGCUCCAGGAGGUCCAGAUGGAAAUCCCCGCACCUGAAAGUGCCGCGGGCCGCAUCCUGGUCGGUCCCGGGGCACGCUCCCAAGUCUACCGGCGUCUGGCCACGGCCCGGCGCCAGGAGUACAGAAGGAGACUCGUGGCCCUUCCAGAUCAGGGGAAGGCCAUGGAACCGGUCUCCCGGAACCCCGCCAGCUCCCACUUCCUCCGGGAUGGCAAGUUUACUCGCUUCGCAGAAUGGCGCUUCAUUCACAGGGCACGUCUCAACGUGGUGCCCCUGAAUGGAGCUCUGCGAGGACCAGCGAGGAACAAGAUGUGCCGGCGGUGUCUUCACCCCAACGAGACGCUGCCGCACGUCCUCAACCACUGCGGCCGCCACUCCGCCGCCUGGCAGCACCGCCACAACUCGGUGCUGCACAGGCUGGCCGCUGCCAUCCCGAGGGACCCGGGCGUGGAGGUGCGGGUGAACCGUGCCGUGCCCCACACCGGGUCCUUGCUCCGUCCUGACCUGGUGGUCGUGGACGAGCCCAGGAAGAAGAUCUCCAUAGUGGAUGUCGCGGUCCCGUUCGAGAACCGGAGCCAGGCUUUGGAUCUCGUGCGGACCACAAAGACGACGAAAUACCAGGGGUUGGCAGACACACUGACUGCGCAGGGCUACACAGUUUUCAACGAGGCCCUCGUUGUCGGGUCCCUCGGAUCCUGGGACCCGUGCAACGACUACGUCCUCCAGCAGUUACGUGUCCGCUGGAGGUGGAGGCGCCGCCUGCCAACCCGCAACCAGUCCCAGACCAGGCCCCCGCAGUCCGGGGUCGUGGCCGUGGGAGAGGACAAGGUGGUCGUCGACCAAGGGGCAGACCAGGACCACAACCAUGAUGUGGGCCCCGGGCGCUGGAGCCGCGGUGCCCGCAACACCGUGGUUCGUGCCCCAACAAUCGGCCACUCGGCGCCGCACCGCUGGGGGCACCAGCCCCCCACCGUUGGACCACCGGUGGAAGGGGGGGACCUGAGAGCCCCCCCGACGAAAACAGAAGUGCUGCCGGAGCGCACCAGCGCUCCACCGUUGGACCACCGGUGGAAGGGGAGGGACGCAG